UGUGAUGCAGUUGGUAAGGAUGCUCUCGAUGGUGCAGCGGUAGAAGUUCCUCUUGCCAAUUGUCAUCUGGCACUGUAAUCGAGGCUCAUCGGGUGUCAUUGACUCACAUCCACGUUUAUCCCCAGAUACAUAGCAACUCUCGCCACCCAAUGAUUUAUUUUCCUCGUAAAUCUCAAAUGCGUGCGGACAGGUUACAUGACCACUAUAAAUCGCCUCUACCGCAGAUGGGUAGCAGGAGAACCGCUGUUUGAUGGGUCUCUGAGGAAAAAAUGGCCAAUGGGGAAAGAAGGAAAUUGGACCAAUGCACCGACAUAGGCUUGAUGGGCCGAACGGCUUCCGCCGAUGUUGCAAGAGAUAAAUAAAUACUUAUCACUCACAACUUCGCCCAUCUGCUCAACUAAUACCCGUCCUCGGGCAAGCGCUGUUGUGCUGCGCACGCGCUCACCCGCGCUCUCCUGGAUUUCAGGCGCGGCUUCUGUUGCUCGCGCCUAAUAUCUCCGUCUUCCGUUGGGCAGGCAAUGGGCCUGGCCCGGGGCGGCGGGCCGCUGCUAGCGGUUCUCUUCGUCGCCGGAGCAGUGUCUGCAGACAAUGAUUGCAUGUGGUACACUGAUGUAGAAGGAAACUGGCACUUUGGUUUUGACUGCUCGUUCGUCCAGUUCUGCUGUGGAAACUGCACAUACCGUUAUUGCUGCCGGGAUUAUAUGCUACGAAUCACUGAAAGGCAACAAAAGUAUUGUGCAACCACGAACCUCAGUCCUGCCACGGUUGCUGGAAUUGCCUCUGCUCUCUUUCUAUUUAUUUUUAUCAUUGGAAUCAUCGUUUGCUGUUUCCUGUGUUCCUGUUGCUAUCUAUAUCGGCGACGGCACAAUUUGAGGCAGCAGUUCACAGGGCCAGGACAGGUGAUUCGCAGCUUUCCAAUGCAACCAGCUUAUCCAUCGCAACCAGGUUAUCCACCGCCACCAGGUUAUCCAUCGCCACCAGGUUAUCCAAUGCAACCAGGUUAUCCAUCGCAACCAGCUUAUCCACCACAACCAGCCUAUUCAUCAAAUAUGCCGCCUGGAACAUAUGCUGCAUACCCAACAGCUCCAGCAUACGGUGUUGCAAGCUCAAGAGAGAUGUUUCAGAGUAACCCAAUGAACCCAGCAUACCCACCCAACAUUCCUCCUGGAUCAUAUGCUCCAUAUCCAUCAGCUCCAGCUUACAGUGCUGCAUCUGCUCCGCCACACAUCUCACAGCCAUAUUAAAGAAGGGCUGUUGCCCCUUUUUUUUUUGCAAAAUAUUCAUUCAUUCAACAUGCUAUUAGCAUGUUUACCGACGUUUGCUGACAUAAGCAUGUUUGCUUUGGAUUCCUUGUUUGAUCGCAGUAGAUUUCUGGAUUGAUUGCUGUAAGUUCCUGAACUGACUGCUUGUCCAAUGCGUUCACUUACCAUUGUAGGUUCAUCAUUGAUUGCGAGCCCUUGAUUGAUUGCUGUAAAUUACUUGUUUAUGGAAGUUGCACUUUAAUAUUCAGAUAAUGCCCUUCAUUAUACCCAUAGCAUUAAGAUUAAAUUGUACGUAUACAUUUAUAUAAAUUAUUUAUUGAUGCUUUUUCACGUGUCAUUUAUUUUGAAGUAUUGUGUGUAGAAAGUGCUGGCAAUAGACUGCUGAACUGUACACAUUAAUAGACUGUUAAAAAAAACCUGAGGGAAGAUUUCAUGUGAGUAAUAGAGAAAUGAGAUUUGUCACAAGUUGUAAGCAUGUAUGCACUUGGAACUAUUAUUUUUUUGGAUUACAGUCCUUUGCAAUGAAUGGUCAUUAACUAGUUUCUCACUCUAUCAAUAUUUCCUGUAUUUUCUAUUUGCAAUUCAAAUGUGCAGUAUCUUUGUUCUAACAUUGGAGGCAUUAUGUUACUACCUUCACUGCAGGAUUUAGUCACACACCCACAUCGUCUUGACAACACCCUGUCUCCCUGUUUCUUCUGCCUCCAUUUUCCAUCAUGUUCACAGAAUAUACCUGUAAAUCUGUAAUAAUUUAAUUGUUCUGGACCUUUCAUGGCGCAUGUGACAAAUAAACACUCUUGAAUUUCUUGAACUGGACAAAUUGUGGGCGUUAGUAACCAU